UUCUGGAAGCUGCACUUUCAUUAGACAAAAUUUGCCCAUCUGCCACGGCUAUCAAACUUUAGCUGUGAUGUCACUGGUAUGAGGCCAGCAGUGACCAGCCAGCCAGGAAGUAACACAAUCUUCCCCGUUGUGCCAAACAUGGACUUCCUUGCUGCCCGUGUGUAUGAUGAUCUGGGGCAGGUGUGAUGUGACUCCACUGGCUGUGCUUUGGUAACCGGAGAACUGCAUGCUGCCCCACUCAGCUGCACCGUCAAUUCAGAUAUAAAUAGCUUUACUGAAAGCUACACAAGGCCAGAAGGAAUCUGGACACAACAGAGGGGAGGGAUUACUCGUUCUUCAUAAGACAGCAGACACACUGAGUACACUCAGCGUAGUUUACACACUUGCACAAAGAGAGGAAGCUCCACAGACACAGACUGCAUUCUUACGACAUGGGUAUUCACGGAUCCAAGCAUCAGAAACAAGCACAAGUCCUGAUGCUGGGCCUGGAUGGAUCAGGAAAGACCACGCUGCUUUACAAGCUGAAGUACAACGAGAGUGUGGUGACAGUGCCGACUGUGGGUUUCAAUGUAGAGACACUGGAGACGGACAGGAGCAGCCCGGCACUGAUUGUGUGGGACGUCGGGGGCCAGAAGAAGAUGAGGCCCCACUGGAGGCAUCACUACACCGACACAGCUGGAGUGGUGUUUGUGGUGGAUAGCAGGGACCUGAAACGGUUGGACGAGGCCCGCAAGGAACUCCAUCGGGUUCUGAGGUAUGAGAGUCUCAGGGAGGUUCCUCUCUUGGUCCUCGCCAACAAACAGGACCUACCCGGAGCUCUGAGCCCAGAGGAGCUUUGCCUGAAACUUGAUUUGAGAAAAGUGUGCGAAGGCAGGGCCUGGUACAUCCAGCCGUGCUCGGCCACAACUGGGAUGGGACUCGAGGAAGGUUUCAGGAGGAUAGUGUAUCUCAUGAAGACCCCACUGAAACGGACUCAAGAGGACAUUAAGGUGAAGAUGAGGUCUAAAGGCUUCAGUGUCACGGCUAUGAAACAAGCCUUGCUCUGUGGCAGCCGUGCAGGAUUUCCCUCUGCCUGCCUCUGCAACACAUCACCGAACGGCCUCACUGAGUCACAGUCAGAGGGCAAUAGUCAGAGAUAAGAGUGCAUAUCACACUGAGGGCAGAGUAUCCUCGGAUUGUGACUGCAGACCACUAGUAUUCUGUGAAAAAUCUUGGAUUAGCAGAUUAUGGGAAAACAGUCUCAAGCUGUCAUAGGCAAAAAUGUAGCCUGAUAAUAUGUAAAAAAGCUGAUAGCAGUUGGUGGUUGUGCAAGUUUUCUCGGCUCAGCUGUGCACUUAACGUGUUUAUCUUUUAAUCUGUUAUUUGUGUUAUUGUUAUUGUCACAAUAUUAAAAUAUUCAGAGUUAGUGGUAGAUUAUCUUCAUGGACACAAAUGUGAAUACAAAUCAUGUCUACUGUAUAUCUAAGGUUUGAAUUAUGUAUUUUCAUUUGUCCUGUAUUUUUUUUUUUCUAAUUAAAUAAAAGUAUUUGAAUCAGGCAGCUUUGAUCAGAUGAACUGGAAAAGUGGUACCGCAGUACUGCAACAUGAGCAUGGAUCUGAUGUGAUUUAGCGUAGCCAAUGACAGCAGGAAUAGCCUCCAAAGUCUCGGUUUUUGGUUUUGCCUUUCAGGAUGUUUUCACAUUUUUCUACAUUUUUUGUUAAUUGUAACUCGCUCAAACUUGUUGCAUUCAGAGAAAUAUAAUAGUUAAAUAAUUGAAAUGAAAUCUUCCAAAGCUUCCUCCUUUAGUUUACACGUCACAAGCAAACAGAUGCUCCGUGUUACCUCAUGGACUAAUCCUCGCCCUCCCUCUCUCGGUUGCUCAUAGAGCCUCAGGGUGCUGGACUUUGGGUGGAGAUCUCUGUGAGUUUUUAUGUCUUGACAUCAGUGACAGCUCUGUCCUCCAGCUGGGUAUCCAGUGAUUGGUAGGGUGACUGUACUGAUAGCUUCCUACUGUUGAGCUGGCUUUUCAGUGCUUGUCUUAACUUCUGGAGUUAUUCCUGAUCUUUAUCAUGGUUCCAGUCGGCCUGUGGGCCUGAUUCGGCCACACUUAUCCACACCAGGUGACAGUAUUUAACCCUGUAAAGCCUAUUCUAUAAUAUUUGAUUCAUGUUUUUUGGGAGUUUUUGAGGAUUCUUCAACAUCAGUAUGACAUCCCCCCCCCCCUGAAAAGGCCAAAUAAAUUGCACAACACAUUUUUAAGCAAGAAAUUGCAAAAACAAAAUGUUUAAAAUUACAAAUUAAAAGACAUAUAUGCAAAUUAACAUUAAUAUUUACAUUUCUUUUAAUUGUCAGAAGUUUCAAUAAACGUUUCAUUUUCAAAAACAAUCUCAAUUUUCUGGCAAUUAUUUUGUGGUUUGGGCUUUAAAGGGAUAAAGUCCAGACUUUAUUCAGUUUGAGGUGCUUGGGCGUGACCUUAAACACACCAUUUAUAGUCAAAAUGGUCAAAUGUGGUUGAAUUAAAACAAUUCUGCAAAGAAGUGUGGGCCAAAAUUCCUCCACAGUGAUGUGAAACACUCACUUUUUCACACAGGGCCAAGUAGCUCUGGAUAGCUUUGUUCCCUCAA